UUUGAUAAGCUGUUGUGCGGCACUUCCGCCUGACUCGCGCGAGCGUGUUUACAUGCAGACUGCAGGGACAGAAUGGGCAGACCCGCGUGAAGCUUUGCAGAUUAAUAGCUAGUGGACUGUGAUCUCCAGGCCUAUGAGGAGAAUCAGCCGUUUCUAACAGACAUGCAGCACCCAAAUUUCGAAACGCAACAUCCGCUGCAGUCGGACGAGCAGGAGACGGGUUACGACCCUCUACAGAACUAUAACAAGAACAUAGAUCAAGAGUCGCAGGACAGUGCUGCUGAAUCUACGUUUCAGUCAUACAGUAAGGAGUGGGAUGACUUGUUUCAGAAUAGUAACUAUCUUGCGAGGAUCCGACAAGCAGGUAUUAAUGGACGGUUACGGAGCAGCCGGUUUCGCAGCGUGUGCUGGAAGCUUUAUCUGGAUGUACUACCAGAAGAUAAGAAUCAAUGGAUCAGGCGAACCAAGGAGCUCAGAGCACAAUAUGAGAAGAUCAAGGAGACGCACAUUACAAACCCCCGUAAAGCUGCUGGACAACAGGACCUGGUGGUGAACAACCCACUGUCACAGGAUGAGGGGAGUUUAUGGAAUAAGUUCUUUCAGGAUAAGGAGCUCAGAGGGAUGAUCAAACAGGAUGUGUUACGAACGUUUCCAGAGAUGCUGUACUUUCAGGAAGAGGAUGUUAGGACGAAGUUGACUGAUAUUCUUUUCUGCUAUGCACGAGAGAAUGAGCAGCUUCUGUAUAAACAGGGCAUGCAUGAGUUACUGGCUCCUAUAGUGUUUGUUCUUCACUGUGAUCAGCAGGCGUUUCAGCAUGCCAAUGAGACGGCCAAUCCUAGUGAAGAGAUAAGAGUCCUUCUGGAUCCUGAAUUCCACGAACAUGAUGCCUAUGCCAUGUUUUCUCAUCUUAUGGAGACAGCGGAGCCUUGGUUUAGUAGUUUUGAGCGGGAGGUCAGAAAGGGCAAAGAGGAGAUGUUAACCAGCAUCCCCUUUGCAAGACCACAAGACACUGGCCCAUCUGUUGCUAUAGUGACCAAAGUCAACCGAAUUCAGGACCAGCUUGUAAAGAAACAUGACAUUGAACUGUACAUGCACCUCAACAGAUUAGAGAUAGCACCCCAGAUCUACGGAAUUCGCUGGGUUCGACUGCUGUAUGGUCGGGAGUUUUCUCUGCAGGAUCUGUUGGUGGUGUGGGAUGCUCUUUUUGCAGACAGCAUCACAUUGGACCUGGUGGAUUAUGUGUUUGUUGCAAUGCUUCUGUACAUCAGAGAUGCAUUGAUCGCUAGUAACUUCCAGACGUGUCUCGGGCUUCUGAUGCACUAUCCUCCGAUUGGAGACAUCCACUCGCUGCUGCUGAAAGCACUUUUCCUUCGAGAUCCUAAGAAUAAUCAUCGGCCAGUAAACUUUCAGUUCCAACAAAACCUUGACUACUAUAAAACAAGAGGGGCUGACCUUGUCAACAAGACUCGGGCCAACACGAAAGCGGCACCUCUCAACAUUAAUAAAGUAUCCAGUUCUCUUCUCAAUUUUGGUCGAAAGCUCAUCGCUCCAAUUGGAGGUGCCUCUAGUGGUAUCUCACCAAUCAACAGUGAGGUGGUAUCGGCUCUACCCCCUCAAGCUCCGGCACCACGACCAUUGAUUGAGCCUUCUUCGAGCACCGCUCCCUCCAACACUCAGAUGAGAUCGCAGCUCAUCCCACAAACGCAGCAUCAGCACCGACUUCUGAAGUCAGAAAGCAUGCCGGUGCAACUUAGUAAAGAUGUAAGUUCUUGUGGAGCCUCUCAGAUAUCUCUCCCGGCCCAGAUUCACUCGGAUACACCAGGACACACCUUUAGGACAGUUAGCUCCUCCCCUAGCAGUGAAAGCCUGUCUUGUGGGCGGGACCAGGCAAUGUCUUCCCCUCCUCUUCCUGUGUCGAGAGAGGGACGAGACUCUAGCACCUCAUCCCCACCCUCUUCCGCAACGAAGAAAGACUCUUUCUUUAAUAUAAGUCGCUCACGGUCCCACAGUAAAACCAUUAACAAGAAAGACACGGAGGAGCUAGAAGCACAAGUGUCGUUUCUACAAGGUCAGAUUAAUGAUCUAGAGGCCAUGAGUAAAUACUGCGCCAAGAUGAUGAAGAUCCACAUCGGCAAAAUUCAAGAUGUGAUACUGCAGGAACAUCUGGAGAAGGAAGAUGAAGUUCUGGUGUCACUUGCUGGACUCAAACAGAUUAAGGACAUCCUAAAGGGGUCUCUCAGAUUCAACCAAAGCCAGCUGGAGUCAGAGGAAAAUGAGGAGAUCACUAUUGCCGACGAUCACUACUGUUCUUCUCAGUUUGGCACACUUAUAGACCAGAGUUAUCCAGACGGCUUGUCCACAAACACAGAUGAUUCUACUAGCAGACAACUGAAUGCUCCACAGCCGAUCCCCCAGCAAGGAGAAACAUUAGCGGAGAAAGAGGAGAAGAUGAUAAAGGCUCCGAGUGUUCCUACGAUACCAGAGCUACAGGCCACUGAGAGGAGAAACUGGGACGAUUACAUCCUGGUCUCGCAGGAUGGAGAGCCAGCCGAGAGUGAGGGGCAAAGCCCGGCCGCCCCAGUACCGCUCUGUAAGCAAGUGCGGGCCCUAAACAAGGCAGAUUUUCAAGACCCUCUGAUUGGAAUCACAUCCGGGUCUUCCAGUCCAGAUGAUGGGAGCACUCACAGCAAAGACUCUGACUUUACUAUUGUUAAUCCUACUGACCUUUGAACCCUAUAUCUCUACAAAUAACUAAAUAUGACUUUACUUAUCUUCAACACUUAAAACAAUUGGGGGGAAGACUCUGCUGGAUGUUUGCACAUAUGGACUCGGGCUGAUCGCUUCAUGUGCUCCAAACCCUGAUACUGAAUCCCUACACACCGUCUUGGACCUCUGGCUGUGUAUUUAUUUUCAAAGUACAUCAUAAAUUAAACCUCUCCGGUCUUUGUGGCGCAGUGCCCCUUAUUCUUUAGCCUGUUAUUUUUUAUCCAUGUGGCUAUCUAAAGCGAUAAACAACCUCAGUUUAUUGCGAGUUGCCAUUGUGUAGCUUUCCUCGAAAUGCCCUACUUGCUGAAAGUUUUGGACUUUACCUUGGUUUUAUGUGGUAACCCACAUUUUGUUCUUCUAAAUCGAUAUCCUGUGAAAACAUUUAUUAACAGACACGCUCUGCCUCAGACAAAAGCUAUAUUCUCCCUCUUAUCUCUGUAUUUUUCUGACUGUAGCGAUAUAGACGAGACACUGACAAAUGUUUAAUCUCACAGGAGAGAGCACCUAUAUAUAUCAUCAAUGUGGACUAAACCUCUCUCUCUCUUCCACAUUCACUCACUCAUUGAUUGAUCAUGAAUCAGUGCCUGAAUUUUUUCAUGUUUUUUAAGUCUGGAUUUUAGUCCAUUGUUCACAACAUCAUUUAUGUUUUUCAUGCCAUUUUUUUAAACCAAUUAUAUGUGUAACUUUUAUGUUCCGGUUGGGAUCAGUAGUUUUCUUUUUUGUUCCAGUGGUAACUGUGUUGUUUUCCACGUGACACGAGGGAUGCUCUUAUACCGAAAUCGUAUUAACUCUGGAUGAAUAAAAAGCAUUACUCCUGCCUAA